UAGAUGGAAAUUAUCAGUAUCAUCACUGACUGGUAAACUUUAGUAGUGUAGAGUAUGUAUAGUGGUGUAGAGUAUGCAAUGUCCAUUGUGCAUGUUCCAGUUAUCCUCACAUUACGGAAUACAAUGUUAUAUACUUCAAUGUAUGCACCUUUCUUGAGCAAAAGGUCAAGGCUGGAACUAGUGGAAUACAUACAUUAAUUAUUGCUCACUUUUUGCAUUGGCAGCUUCCUCCUUCAGUCCAUUAUAAAUUUCUAUACAUCUGCAAGAAAAGCUGCUAUAUUUUCUUCAGUUGUUCAGGCAUCUUCCUCUCUAAUCUUUUCUCAUGUCCCUUCAUAUAUAUAGUUUCAACACUGUUACAUGUGUGAGAGAGACAACAAUUCCAGGAUACACGAGUUAUAACAGGAAGAGCUGCGGCAGCGUUGGCAGCACAAAGUGACAAACACAGCUGGGUGACAUGACAGGCUCACCUUGGCUAGCACCUCAUCUAGUGUUAUAAAGGUCAAUUAGUUUCUAGUUUACUAGAAGUCAUUUGAUAGUCUGUGAUGCAUGAUGAACCCUGGCAUGUUUAAUAUUGUCUUGAGAAUUUUAGAUGAGCAACAUGAAACACACAUCAAUUUGCAAUCAUGUUACUUACUCACUUAUUUACUUUGGUUAUGGGUUUCAUAUUAGCUACUAUGGUCCCCCUACUUAACGUAGAACAAUGGUAAUUACAAUGCAGUAGUAAAAGGUCCCAGGCUUCACUCAAGAAGAAUAAGAAAAAGAAAACAAGCAGGAAUAAGAAUGAACUAUUUAUUUGCUUUUCUGUGCUGGACAUUUCCCUCCAACAUCACCACCUACAGCAGCACAACACAACACCUCAGCAGAAGUGGAUCUUCAUGUGUUGGGUAAUAUCACUCCUCAUUUUAAAAUGCUUCCCACAAACAUCACACUUGAACUCUCUCAGGCCAGAGUGUCGGAAGAUGUGCUUGUUCAAAUGAGACUUAGUACUGAACCUUCUGUCACACUCUGGGCAUUCAUGAUUUCUUUCACCAGUGUGUGUUAGGGUGUGUUCUUUAAGGUGACUCUUCAGGCUGAACUUUCUCCCACACUCUUGGCAUUCAUGAGGUCUUUCAUCAGUGUGUGUAAGGAUGUGUCUGUCAUGGUUACCCUUCUGCAAGAACCUUUUGCCACAUUCAUGGCAUUCAUGAGGUCUUUCACAAGUGUGUGUAAGGGUGUGUGUCUUCAGGCUACUCUUCUGACUGAACUUUUUGCCACACUCAUGGCAUUCAUGAGGUUUUUCACCAGUGUGUGUAAGGAUGUGAUCUUUAAAGUGACUCUUCUGUCUGAACUUUUUGCCACACUCACUGCAUUCAUGAUGUCUUUCACCAGUGUGCGUACGGAUGUGUUGGCUGAGGUUCUGUUUACUACUGUAGCUUUUGCCACACUCAGGGCAUUCAUGAGAUUUUUCACUAGUGUGUGUAAGGGUGUGUUUGUUGAGGGUACCGGUACUCUUAUGACAGAACAUUUUGCUACAUUCAUGGCAUUCAUGAGGUCUUUCACCAGUGUGUGUAAGGGUGUUUGAGGUCACUCUUAUGAUCUGGAUCUGGAACUUUUUACCACACUCAAGGCAUUUAUGAUGUCUUUCACCAAUGUGUAAGUGUGUGUGUGUUGAGGCACCUUUUUAGACUGACACUUUUGCCACACUCUUGGCAUUCAUGAGUUUUUUUCAGCAUAGUGUGUGGGUGUAAUUGUAUAGGUCACCCUUCCCAAGGAGUCUUUGCCCACACUCUGGCCCCUCCCCAAGGUAAAACGUAUCAGCCAUGCAGCCUCCACUGCUCCUGAUGUGAGGAGUCGGCAGGUCUUGUAGAAACCUCAGGGAAGCUGCAGCGGGCGGCAAGGUUCCCCGACCCCACACUCAGGGAUCAAGCCAGCAGGCAAAGCGUGGAAUGCAACAGCACCCAGCCCACACCCUCACUUCAGGACACUCAUGAUGCAGGGACCAAGCCAGCAGGCGAGGCGCGGGAUGCACCAAGGAGUCCUCCAGUCAGUGGCAGCGAGCACAGCACCCGGCCCAGACCCUCUCACUUCAGCACCGGCGCCAGCGCUAGUAUCUCUCCUUUCUUCUGCAGUGCCUGGCGGGCUGGUGCUGAGAGGCUGUGAGGAUCUUUUCAGUGCUUUAAGACGGCCGAUCCUUCUUCUUCAGUGUUUUAUGGCGGGGCCGCUCAGUCGUUGUUGUCCUCCCCCCUCCCGGCUUGUCUUGUACAAUGCUGCUGUUCAGGCUGGCUCAGCGGGCCUUUGCCACGUCAACUGUGGGUUAUAGUUGUCAUUCAAGAGUAGGGAAAGAAAUAAAGAGACCAGCAGAGGUAGCAGCAAGACUCGGUAGAAGUGGGCAGCUGCAGCAGGGACACAGUACAACAGGGAAGGAUGCUUCCCUGAGCUCAGUUAAUCUUGUGAGGAACCUACACACAACAAGGCCAUGCUUUGCCAAUCCAGCCCUUAUGGUGCUGCUGCGGCCAAUCAGCAAGUUUUUGGCUGUCCUGGUGGGUAGGGGCUUCAGAAAGUGGUGGCAGGCUCUACCUCCACACAAGAGGAAGAUCUUCAUUCAACACUUGAGGCGAAAUAGAUUGCGCUAUGCUGCUGGAGGCAGUGUUGUGGGGGUGGCAGGUCUCGUUUACUACCAGAACCACGUCACCAUCACUCCCUACACUGGCAGACGCAGGUUCAUGCUCCUGACAUCUGACCAGCUGUUCUCUAUGUCUGAUCAGCUUUAUGACAUGGAGAUGGAGAAAUAUACCCACCUCAUGCUGCCACAGGAUCACCCAAUGGUGGACCGUGUGCGCAGGGUUGGCAACAGGCUGCUGCAGGCCAACAGCACCCUGCCAGAGCUGUACUUGAAGUCAUGGACAGUUUCCCUGGUUGAUGACUCCAUCAUGAAUUGCUUUGUUCUACCUACUGGUGAUAUUGUCAUGUUCACUGGAUUGAUGGAAGUCCUGGAUAACGACGAUCAGGUGGCAGCAAUCCUUGCACAUGAAAUGAGCCAUGCCAUCCUAGACCAUGCGGCUGAGCACAUAAACCAAGGGUACCUGUUGGACCUAGUGAUCCUUGUCCCCGUGGCACUCAUCUGGGCCAUCCUCCCCAGUGAUCUGCUAGCCAUGAUCUCACACUGGCUUCUCAACAUGGUGGUUACCCUCUUCCUCACACUCCCUUACUCCAGGACCCUGGAGUCUGAGGCUGACCAGCUGGGCCUUCGUCUGGCUGCCAAGGCCUGCUAUGAUGUGCGAGAGUUCGGUGCUUUGUGGGGUAAGAUGGCUGUGCUGGACCAGAUCAAAGAAGACAAUGGCCCAGCCUGGAUGUCUACCCACCCCACUAAUGAGGACCGCCAGAAGGAGUUGGAGGGGCGAAUGGCCGAGGCCCUAGAGCUCCGCAAGUUCUGUAAGUGCCCACCCUUAUCACUGAAGGACCCCCGGGAGCCAAUCAAGAUGCUGCAGCAGAUGGUGGCCCAGAGAAGGAGUCAGCAACCAGUCAAGGCCAUUCCCAUGCCAAUGCCAGCACCCUCAGGAGAUAUCAUUGAGCUACCCCUCUCCUCCUCCUCCUCCUCCCCUUCCUCCUCAUCAUCAGUAUCAUCCCUCUCCUCUCCUGCACUCUCACGGUCAGCACCUUCAACACUCUCCCCAUCCCCAUCAUAAAUUGCAUUAUACUUGUAGUUGGUUGUAUAUUGCAUGGUAACUCAUUAUUGGUAGUGCUGUAGGUGCAAAUGGAUGACUCAUCUUACUAUUUACCCAGUGCUCAGGUUUUUCUUACUUGUUCGGUGCUCUGUGUGUUUUGUAGGUUUAUAUAAAUCGAUGUGUGUGUGUUUGCGUGUUUACUUUGUGAUAAGAGGUGUUUUUACAUCAUGUUCCUUAUUUAUCUUCAUGUGUAAUUCAAGUCCCAAUGAUUGUAGAGAUCUAUAGUUUAUUAGUAACACUUUUGUCUUCAAAUUUACAUAUUUGAUUUGAGUGUCCGUGAUUUUUCUACCUGUCCAGUGUGAACACCAAGUAAGGCUGAGGAAAAGUGGAAAGCUGUGCUCUGCCAUAAUCUUUGAGACAAUUAGAUAAAAAUAAAUCCUAACUAGGAACAACUGCCAUCUCUGGCUUUCUACAAAUCUUUCAACUUCCAAUAAUUUCUCCAGUAUCUCUUUUACUGACUAAGCUGCAAGUAAUGCUAAGCAGUUGAAUCAGGUCAGUCCGUCCUGCAGUGAAUUCAGUAAAUUUAAGAAUAGAUUUUAUGAGCUGUCCUCAACAAGGACUUGUUUGUAAGUGACUCUCACACAGUCAAAAUGAUUCUCAUUAUGUGUUCAAGAAAAAAAUCAAGAUAUUAGUCAGUUAAGUGUAAAACAUCUAAACAUGAUUAUAAUGAUCCAUUUAUUUAUUGAUUAUAUAGUGUUAUAAAGAGUAAAACAAUUGGACUUGUGAGUGUUUCAAACAUUGUGGAUGUUCAUGGAUCUGUUUAUUAGAGUGGACUUCAGGUUAAUAACCUACCUCAAAGGAUAGGAUGCUAAGGCUGUACUGAAACAAUAGAUGGCUGUGGUUUCACUUUUAGAUGUUAAUAUGUCAUGAGCCUGUGUGAUUACUAAAGGUUUGGUUGCCUGUAGCUCUCGUGCAUCACAUCUGUAUAGCUCAUUUGUACAUAUUCAGUUACUUGGAGUGUAUUGGAUGCCUAUAUAUUUUAUUAAAGAGAUAUUCUAGGAGA